CGUGGAUGUCAAGAUUGUCAAGUGAGAAUUUCCUGAAUUAUUUUCUAUGUAGAAAUUGCUACGGGAUAACAGCAUUAUGGGGAAGUUACUAUCAAAGAUUUUUGGAAAUAAGGAGAUGAGGAUAUUGAUGCUUGGUUUGGACGCGGCUGGAAAGACAACAAUACUGUACAAACUCAAAUUAGGACAGUCUGUAACCACCAUACCUACAGUGGGAUUCAAUGUGGAAACAGUGACCUACAAAAAUGUCAAAUUCAAUGUGUGGGAUGUAGGAGGACAAGAUAAAAUCAGACCUCUUUGGCGACACUAUUACACAGGAACCCAGGGUUUGAUAUUCGUCGUAGAUUGUGCAGAUAGAGAUAGGAUAGAUGAAGCUAGACAGGAACUUCAUCGCAUUAUUAAUGACAGGGAGAUGAGGGACGCAAUAAUACUCAUUUUUGCUAACAAACAAGACUUGCCAGAAGCUAUGAAACCUCAUGAAAUCCAGGAAAAAUUGGGCUUGACACGAAUUAGAGAUAGAAAUUGGUAUGUGCAGCCCGCAUGUGCUACCACUGGAGAUGGCUUGUAUGAAGGGCUUACUUGGCUGACAAGUAAUCACAAAUUAUAGCACCCUGGUACACAUUCAUUUUAGUACAUGACUACAACCAGCACUUGUGAUUUUCCUGAAAGGAAAUUUCAUUGUGACCUCAACAUUCCAGAAAAAUUUUGUCAAGUUAUAUGUCUUGGAAGUGCAGGUAAUUCUAUGUGAAAUUGAUCAGAAAGAAGUUGAUAUUAUGGAUUUAAUAAUUGUUUUUAGGAUGUUUGUUCCUUAUUAAAUUUUUAAACAAAUAUCCCUAACAUGAAUACAAAUCCAUGACAUUAAAGGUGAAUGUUUAUGUAUUGAUUGAUCUGAGAUAGAAUGACCAGUGGAUGAUGACACUAAGCAUAUCUUGAAAAUUGACAAAAUAAGGUUCUCUCUGACUUAAAUAAGUGCUGUUGAUAGUUAAUUAAAUAUAAUUUCGUUUUGAUUAUAUGUUUUGUACAAAAUUUAAAGUUAAAAUUUUGUUUAUUCCCAUAUUUUGUAUGUAUAUGAGAGCAGAUAAACUAUGAUUAUGGUGAAUUUCAAGAAAUAUUUCCAUUCAAGCUGCCAGUCCACUGUUCUGUCUGAACUUAAAAGUGUAAAUUGUGUAGUGUAGAUGGUGGCAGUGUAAUUUAGUUAUCCUGUUAUGAAUGGUUGUGACUUUGACCAUAGGUAUCCUUGUUCUUGAAAUUACCUCAUAUGUAUUUUGUAAAUAAAUUAUUAGUAUUAUUGUAUUGUUUUAUAAUGUGAAAUAUUGUUGCUACAGUUUAAAAUCUUCAGUAUAAUUUUUUAAGCAUGGAGCUGCCAUGUUGAUGGUUUUUCUCUAUAUUUUCAGAUAGAAAACCACCCUAUUUAUUUCUAUUUGCACUGUAAUUGAUUUUAAUUAGAAUCAUCUGAAAAUGGUAGAGAUUUUUAUUCAACAUGGUAGUUUUAAAUAUUUUGGUACAAAAUUGAGUGUUAUAUAUAUAUUUUUCGUUUCUAUAUAUUAUAUAUGUAUAACUAAUGCAAAAAUUACUAAAUAUUUAUAUAUACAUGAUAAUUUAUAUUUUUCACAAGAAUAGUAAUAUUUUUUAUGUAUGUAUCCAGGGUGUAUUCUCUUUUGUGUUAUUUUGGCAUUAAACAUUUGUCAUAACCAUUUCCUAAACAAUAGGGACAGAGAAAAAAUUUUAGAAUACUCUUGGAUACAUAUGUAAAUUAAAAUUUUUAAAUGUUUGCUAAAUUUAUUCCGCUUUUAUUUUUCUUUUUAUUUCAUGGAUAUUGCCAAAAAAUACCUUUCGUAUAUAAGUAAAGACUGAAUAGAUAUAAGGUUUUCCUCACACAGUAUAUUUCAAUCCUCUUUUUUAAAUGCUUUAAAACACAUUUUACAGUUUGUUUCCAUUAAGUAUAUUCCUAUUAUGAAAAUACAACUCAGUUUUAUAGUUUAUAUUUUUAAUAGAUUCUAUAGACACAUUGAAUUUUUCAUCACUGUCUUGGAUUUUAACCCAAUAAUAAAUACUGUAUUCAUUGACAGUGAUAUGGAGAUAAAGCCAAUAACUCAUAGUUUAUGUAAUAAGAAACCUUUUUGAAGCAGCACAUAGAUGUAGUUUGUUAUUUAGUUCUGCAUUAUACAAAAUCACAAAUUAAGACCUCUCAAUACGUCCAAUUGAUUCAAUAAUUUUUUUAUUUAAUUAAAUUUUAGUCAAAAUAUACUCCAAAAAAAAUGUAUACAGAGUGUUCCAUAAAGUUGGAUCCAUUUGGGAAAUUUUUAAUAUCGGGAUUGGAAAAACAUAUUAAAGUUGGCUAGGUACUGCAUUUAGUUAUCUGUCAAAUUCAGUAUUUAAAAAAAAAUUAAAUUCGAAUCUGACUGAAAAAUAAUGUCAGUAACCAACUUUAAUAUGAGCUGUUUUAAGUUUUUAAAUAAGCAGAGAUAAUUGCCCUACGAUGUUUUUUUCUAAUCUUAAUAUUAAAAAAAAAUCCCAUAUGGUUCCAACUUUAUGGUGCACACUGUAUAUUAGUAAGAUAAUGCAGAUCAAUGUUAUAAAUACGGGGUAAUAAACUUGAGGUAUUUAUUUUGGAAAAAAUGUUUUAUAAAUAUUAGUGACUCCAAUAAUUGUUGUGUAUAUAACUAAAGAAUUAGAGUUUUCAAAAUAUUAUUUAUUUUGUUUAGACUAUAUUAUUCAACAAAUAUUUUAAUAAACUCAUAUAUUAUGUAAUAACGGUAAUUUUAAAAUCAAUAAACUUUUCAUUCAUUAAACGAGAUUAUUAACAUAUUUGUCAUUGAUUUUAUAACACUAUCUGCAGAAAAAAAAAAGAUGAAAUAACUAUAAAGGUUAUUUAAUGAAAAUUUUUUUAAUGCCAGUUAUAAACGUUAAAUGAACAAAUUAAUUAUUAAAAUAUCUAUUUAUAUAAAUAUAUUAAUUAUGAUUUAGAGAAGCGAUAUUUUAACACCCCGUAUCAUUUUGAAUAGCAAACUUUUAGAGAGGUCUUUUUGCCUGUUUAAUAUUUGUGUUGAGUAGUAAAUUGAUAUUUUUCGAUGAAAUUCGUACUAGAACAAAAUAAGUGAGCACGGGCUUAGUAGAAAUAAUUAGAAAAAUAAAGAAAAAUGAUGAGAUUAAUAUAGAGUAAUUAUAAAAUAAUAAUUUCUCAUGCUAAUUUGCUUAACAUAUUUUUAAGAAUUUUAGGUUCCUUAUUCUUUUUUUUUUGUAUAAUAUGUUUGCAAGGUAAAAAUAUUUUAUGUAUAUGUAACUAACUGAUAUCGUUUUUAGGUAAAACAAUUAUUAAAAUUAUGUAAAUUAUUUAGGCUAGUUAUGAAAAUUCGAAUCAAUUUUUAUUGCCAAAAAAAUGUUACUUCCUUUUUAAAAGAAGUUUUUUCAAACUUAUAUUUUUUUUUAUUACAACCUUAUUUUUUUGUGAUAUCAUACACCUUUUCCAAUAAAUGCGAGGCAAUAUUAAUAAAAAUCUAAAAGCAA